UGUAACAAGUGAUAAGAAUAAUUUUCGAUAUUUUAUUCCGUAUUCCAUUGAAAUAAGGUAUACAAGUAUCGAACAAAUUCGAUUCACUCGAUUUAAGUUAAUAGUACUGAUUUAUCCCACAUCUGUAAAUAAUGAUUAAGUGGAUCUGAUUCUUAACUGCAGUGACUUUGUUAUACAAUUACACCUUGACAGUGCAAAUGUGCUUGUUCAUGGCCAAAAUCAAUCGUUUCUCUUGAACCCAUCGGUCGAUGUUUUUCGCUACUAAUUCGCUAAUAAUUUUCCUUUGGUAAAGGAAAAAGUUGUUCAGUAUUACUCGAGUUGCAAUUUCCCUUAACUUAACCCUAACUACGUCCACCUAUAAUCGCAUACCCUGGAUGUACGCUGUAGUAGUGUUCAUAUCACAUUGUAGUGAUGUUGGGAGUGGUCGUUAGUAGUCACACUACACUCUUGAAAGAGACUCCAGUUAGUGUUGGUGGUUACGUACGGUAAGAGUUACUCUUGGUAUCGAGUUGAAAGAAGAAUCAUGCUGAAAUUUUUGUGUGUCGUUCUAUCAUGCGUGCUGAUCGCGGCCCAGAAAACGGAAUGGGACUCUUCUUCUAUAAUUUUGGUGGAGACCAGCUUCAUAGAUUUACAAGACUCUAUCUACAGCGGCUUCAAAAACAACUACCUCCAGAUGUUGCAUUCCCCUGCAAUGUUACUGAUAACAAACUAUCUAACACCACUUUAGAAUGGCGCAAGACAAUUGAGAAAAAAGAAAUAUCACCUAAACGAAAGGGACUCAAGCGUAACCCCCACUGCUAAAUACUGGUGGUGCAUGCUGUAAGUAGGAAAGACUGAACUGUGAGCCACUAAUAGUACACGACGAUAUAAACGUGUUUAUGAUAUCCGUGGCACAGUACGUAAGAAUGGUACUAAUAAACUUCGGGAUGAAAUCAAUCCUCAUCGUAUCCUGUAGCAGCUCAAGCGAAGGAACUGCCGACAAUGUUAUCGAUAAUCAGAGCAUAGCCAUGGGAACAAGUUUCAAUUUCUCAAACAGAACUUUAUUAUAACCGUAACGCAAAUACAGCAGCUAAAGAUCCUUCACGGAAGCAACUGAUAAGCACCCUCAGCUAGGAAAUCCUGAAACUUGACAAAUGACAAUAUCGGUUGCUAUCCCAAACAUAACCAUAGACCUAGAAACCUGAUUAUAAUCCUGAUCCUAGGCACAGACUCGACGUUAAUCCCGACCAAAUAAGACACGACUAUAAGAAUGACAGCGAAGGCGGAAAUUCAAUAAUACCCUAUAAUCCAAUUUAAGUCUACAAAACCCUUACAGAAAUUCUGAAAAUUUCCUUUACUGGGUAAAAUCCCAUGCAUUAAUAUACAUAUAUGUAAACUUUCUAUAGCGGCACAUGAUUCGCAGCGUUAGUAGAAAUUAGUAUUGACCGUUUACAGAUGUUUAGGUGUAGGCACUUAAGCCUACCCUAAAGUCUGUAAGUCGGCAAAACUAUUUGAAGUUUUUUAGACGUGCGUAGCUGAAUAGGCUGCCCUACGAUAAACGCUGCCAGCUAUGUCCCGUUACGGUUCAUUAGGCCACAUGCUCAGCGCGAGCCGGAAGGAAACUUUCGGCUAGCGAAAUUGUAAUUUAUAAUAUCUUUUCAUCCGCCGAAAAUGGGAGGACUCUAGUAGGAAAAAGACUCCACCCUGUAGUGUUUAAGACGCUCUGGGCCUUUUUCAAAAAGGGAAAUAUAUACUGCGGAAAGAUGUCAAGCAAAAGAUAACCAGUCCAGCCUCUGAUAUUGUAACAUUUCAUAUCAUUCAUUAAAACUCUACCCUUGCAAACACUCUGUUGCGAGUACUUACCUACUUCGCAACACUUUCCUUUCCCAAUAGACCCCAAUCCUUGAGAUUCGAACUAUAAGGGUCUGAGGGGAAUUGAAUCCAUGUGCGAGUAAAUGAACGGAAGGUACGGAACAGAGAACCGGGUAAGCGAGUGAGGCGGACAUUAGAAAGAUGAACGAAGCGUGAUUGGCGUACAGCGGGAGUUAAUAGGCUGGAGAGCGAUGAACGGCAAAAUGGCGAGCGCGGAACUGUGUGAUGGGUAGAGAUAGCAGGUGCAGAGUGUUGCCCACCUACAGGGGCUAUACAAUGAAUAAAUGCGUACGCUGUGUCACCUGCCCUUAGCCCUUUCGCGACGGGUGCCGUAUAUAUACGGCAAUCACUUGUUUCACAGCGGUUGACGCGUACUGUACACGACACAAGUUCUACUGUUGCAGAAAUAAAGUAUCUUAACACAAAAUUGUUUUGCUAAAAAUUCCUUCAUACGAAAAAAGGACAUUUAUUUUCGGUAAGUUUAUAGUGUAUUAGAUUCAAAUAAUUUAUAACAACCUACAAGAAGGAAAGUGAGCCAAAUCGCUAAUUACAUUGGUAAGAC